CCGCCCGCGCCGCCCGCCCCCGCCCCGCACCCGCUGCGUGCCCUCGACCUCAUGCAGCCGCCCUUACUCAGGUCAAACCCCCUGUACACAGAGGAGGAGGAGCAAGAGGUAGUGAUAAUCGUGGACUCGCUGGAGGACCCAGCGGAGGGGGACGUGCCGGACGCGCCCCGCACCCCGCGCCGGGCCCCCUCUACCUCAUCAGGCUAUGGCAGCGGCGGGGGCAGCCACGGCCGGGUGUCGCCCUCGAUGCCAAAGAGCGAGUACCCAGAGCCGGCUCGCAGGCUGUCCGGGUCGGACAAACCCGACGGAUCUCACACCACCUCCGAUUCGGACAGCCCUGUAUGCACGCUCUCGAGGAGCUUGAAAGAGGAUAUCAGGUCGUGUUUAGGGGGAUGCAGAUGGGAGAAAGACGUAGGCGACGUGGUGGAAGCAGCGGUACGGGGAGCGGGGGGCAUAUCGGCAGCGCGUGCGCGCCUCCACGCGGCGCUACUAGCGUUGCACGAGCCCCCGCGCGUGCCCAACCGGGGCCCUUCGCUGCCUUACUGCGGCCCUGGCGUGCGCCCCGGCGACGUUACUAUGAUGCCGAAGAAUACGGAGAUGUCUUUGUUGGCAGCAAGUGCACUCUUCACCCUGGACGGAGCCCGCGGCGAAGCCUUAUCAAGACGACUGGCCCGGGGCGAAAAGAGACGACGUCGCUGCCGCGCCAUCCUUGCCAUAGUCGCGCUGCUGCUACUCCUGGCUGCCGUGGGAGCGGUGGAACUCCUCAUGUCGAGGGGACAGCGGGUCUUUGGAGCUGUGCUGCGAUGAUGUGUUACUUCUAGCAGCCUU